GUCAAGAAAAGAAGAACAAACUCCUUACCACAGUUGCCUCUGUCGCAGAUCUCGUAUAGACGUGUUUCUGAACUAUCCAAGAUUGGUGACAUCAAACCAUGCUUUGUACCAUCAGCAGAAUCAUGCACUGACGACAAUGGUUAUUACAUUGCGGAAAUUGGUGACUAUUUUGCGAACGGACGCUUCAAGAUCUUGUCAAUAUUAGGACAGGGGACUUUUGGGAAAGUCAUCAAAGCCUUAGAUUGCCAGACCAAUGAAACAGUGGCCAUAAAGAUAGUGAGAGCAAUACCCAAAUAUCGUGAGGCUUCAAAGAUUGAACUUCGUGUUUUGACCACGUUGAAAAAGGCUGAUCCUGAGAACUUGAAUCACUGUAUUCACCUUCGUGAAGUUCUUGACUAUGAAAACCACAUCUGCAUCAUUACAGAUUUACUUGAUAUCUCCUUAUACGAAUUUCUCCAGUCGAACAAGUUCAAACCGUUCCCAGGUUCACAGAUUCAGGCAAUCACUAGACAGUUGGUUAGAUCUGUUGCCUUUCUUCAUGACUUGAAAUUGAUCCAUACCGAUCUCAAACCAGAGAAUAUCCUUCUAGCGUCUGCCGAUGCGCUGAAACAUCGCAGACUUCUCGUGCUGAAAGACCCAGUGAUCAACAUUAUUGAUUUUGGCUCCGCGGUAUUUGACGAUGAAUAUCAUUCAGAAUUGGUUUCUACUCGUCAUUAUCGUGCACCUGAGAUUGUCCUUGGAAUAGGCUGGUCCUUUCCAUGUGAUAUGUGGAGUUUGGGAUGUAUUCUAGUUGAGCUCGUCACUGGUGAAGCGCUUUUCAACACACAUGAGAAUUUGGAACAUCUGGCGAUGAUGCAAAAGAUCUUGGAUCAGAAGAUUCCAUCUCACAUGGUUCGUCGGGUUGAAAAGCAAUCUGUUAAAGAUUUUUUCCUCAAAUCGGGUUCAACUUACCUACUCCAUUAUCCAAAUGCCAAAACCGAGCAGAAGAGCAUCGAUGCAGUUAGUAAGGUUAAAAGACUGGACCAUUGGAUCUGUUCAAAGCUGAAAUUGAAAGUUAAGAUCAACAUGCAUGAGUCCCUUGAAUCCAAUUGGAAAACUAACGUUUCCAAGAUGGCUGAUUUGGACUAUGAAGCAUUCCAAUUUUGGUUUUACUUUAUCGAUUUGGUUAGACAGUUGUUGAGGUACGACCCAAGCAAACGUAUAACUGCGAUCCAAGCGAUGGAACAUCCAUGGUGGGAUUUUGGUAUCAUUGAUGAGGCAACA